UUUAGAGGGGUACGCAAUAUACCAGAACGCGGUACUUAACAGACAAAUCCGUGCACAGUAGGUGUAUCGUGGCGGUAUGUAACUCCAUCUUGGAUUAAACUCUUUUUGGGAAGCCGGCUUGUUGUAACUAAAAGAGACGUUAUAAUUUUCCAGCAAAUUAUAUUAGCCAUCCACUUUAUCAGAUGUGUAUUAGGAGCGGUUAAUUUUGUGCAAAAAGUUUCGCCGUCAAAUACUAGACUAGUAAAGAGGAAUGCCGCGCGCUUGUCUCAUAAAAGCUGUUAAAAUAAUGUGGAUUGCAAUAUUUGAAGAUGCUGAUAUAUUGUAAUGCUGAUUAUAUGUUCUAGAUUAGCAAAACUGUGCUUGAAACAAGUGGUUGCUACUCACACUGCUGGAACAUAUGUCAGGCGAUUAGCAAAAAGCGCAAGAUUGAGCGCCCGCAUACACAAACGAAAUAUGGCUGCAGCAAGUCGUGCUAGAAUCUAUGCCGAUGUUAACUCACACAAACCUAGGGAGUACUGGGAUUAUGAAAGUUACGUCGUAGACUGGGGCCAACAAGAUAACUACCAGUUGGUGAGGAAGCUAGGAAGAGGCAAAUAUAGUGAGGUGUUUGAAGCAAUCAAUGUGACGAACAAUGAAAAGUGUGUAGUCAAAAUUCUAAAGCCUGUUAAAAAGAAAAAAAUUAAACGCGAAAUUAAAAUAUUAGAAAAUUUACGCGGGGGUACAAAUAUUAUUACGCUACAAGCUGUUGUUAAGGACCCAGUUUCACGUACACCGGCUCUUAUUUUUGAACAUGUAAAUAAUACCGACUUUAAACAGCUAUACCAAACCCUUACGGAUUUUGAUAUUCGUUAUUAUUUAUAUGAGUUGCUCAAAGCAUUGGAUUAUUGUCAUAGUAUGGGAAUAAUGCAUAGGGACGUUAAACCGCAUAAUGUUAUGAUAGACCAUGAAAAUCGGAAAUUACGAUUAAUCGAUUGGGGUUUAGCGGAAUUUUAUCAUCCUGGCCAGGAGUACAAUGUACGCGUAGCUUCCAGGUAUUUUAAAGGACCUGAGUUAUUAGUCGACUACCAAAUGUAUGAUUAUUCGUUGGACAUGUGGUCAUUAGGAUGUAUGUUGGCCUCUAUGAUAUUUAGAAAAGAACCCUUCUUUCACGGUCAUGAUAACUACGAUCAACUAGUUCGUAUCGCUAAAGUACUAGGCACGGAAGAAUUAUUCGAAUACCUCGACAAAUAUCAUAUAGAACUAGAUCCUAGAUUUAAUGAUAUUCUUGGAAGGCAUUCGCGAAAAAGAUGGGAGCGAUUUGUACACAGCGAAAAUCAACAUUUGGUUUCUCCAGAAGCUUUAGAUUUCUUGGAUAAGUUAUUACGUUAUGAUCAUUUGGAAAGACUAACGGCACGAGAUGCUAUGGAGCAUGCUUAUUUUUAUCCUGUAGUAAAAGAACAGUGUCGAAUGAUGGCUGUUGGAUCCUCCUCUCCUACACCGUUAACGGGGACUUUAUCGGUGGUUGUAGGGGAAUAGGAAAGAGUUCGGGUAUUAUUCUGUCAUCUAAUUGCCUUUUUGGCGUACCGUGUUGCUACGUCUUGCAGACGUCGGCCAUAUUUUAGUAAAUAUCAGUUUAGUAAAUAUUUUUUUCUUAUUAAUAAAUUUCUCAACGCGCA